CUCCCUGCUGCAGGAUGAAUUAGGAAGGCAAGGCCUCUUCCUCUGAACCAUGGAGACAAGGGCAUCUUUCAUUGCCACCAUGCAAGAGACCCAGCAUCUCUCCCCAGAGAAGGGUCAGAGCCCGGCCAAUGGCAACAUGGAGCAGUUUGAUUCAGAUGAGGGCUCCAGCAUUGAGGACGCAGACUUCAACUGGGACGAGUUCCUGGAGGAAACAGGAGCCAGUGCUGCUCCCCACACCUCCUUCAAACACGUUGAAAUCAGCCUUCAAAGCAGUUUCCAACCAGGGAUGAAAUUAGAAGUGGCCAACAAGAGCAAUCCAGACACAUAUUGGGUGGCUACGAUCAUUACAACAUGUGGACAGCUCUUACUGCUUCGUUACUGUGGCUAUGGAGAUGACCGCAGGGCGGAUUUCUGGUGUGACGUGAUGACAGCAGAUCUUCACCCGGUUGGCUGGUGUACACAGAAUAACAAGGUCCUGAUGCCUCCAGAUGCAAUCAAAGAGAAAUACAUGGACUGGACGGAGUUUCUCAUACAUGAUUUGACCGGCGCCCGGACUGCACCUGCAAAUUUACUGGAAGGCCCUCUGCGAGGAAAAAACCCUGUAGACCUCAUUACAGUUGAUUCCUUAAUAGAGCUGCAGGAUUCCCAGAAUCCCUUUCAGUACUGGAUAGUUAGUGUGGUUGAAAAUGUUGGAGGAAGAUUACGCCUUCGCUAUGUGGGAUUGGAGGAGACUGAAUCCUAUGACCAGUGGUUGUUUUACUUGGAUUGCAGACUUCGACCAGUCGGUUGGUGUCAAGAGAAUAAAUACAGAAUGGACCCACCUGCAGAUAUCUAUUGUCUGAAGACUAUAUCUGAGUGGAAAUGCGCUCUGGAAAAAUCCCUUAAUGAUGCAGCAAAUUUUCCUCUUCCAAUGGAAGUGUUCAAGGACCAUGCUGAUUUGCGAAACCACUUCUUCACUGUGGGGAUGAAGCUGGAGGCGGUGAAUAUGAGGGAGCCGUUUCAUAUCUGUCCUGCAUCAGUGACCAAGGUUUUUAACAAUCAUUAUUUACAAGUGACCAUUGAUGACUUGAGACCUGAACCCAGCAAAAUCUCAAUGCUUUGCCAUGCGGAUUCCUUAGGGAUCUUGCCAAUACAGUGGUGCCUUAAAAACGGAGUCAAUCUCACACCUCCCAAGGGUUACUCUGGCCAGGACUUUGACUGGGCAGACUACCAGAAGCAGUGUGGAGCGGAGGCAGCGCCUCACCUGUGCUUUAGAAACACAUCCUUCAGCCGUGGCUUUACUAAGAACAUGAAGCUGGAGGCAGUGAACCCCAGGAACCCUGCAGAGAUAUGUGUCGCUUCUAUCACCUCAGUUAAAGGACGGUUAAUGUGGCUUCACCUUGAAGGUUUACAGAUGCCCUCUCCAGAGUACAUAGUUGAUGUAGAGUCUAUGGACAUUUUCCCCGUUGGCUGGUGUGAAGCGAAUGCUUAUAACCUAACUCCACCACACAAAGCUGUUUUGCGAAGGAAGAGAAGAAUUGCAGUUGUGCAACCAGAAAAGCAGUUACCAUCCACAGUGCCUGUUGAGAAAAUACCUCAUGACCUCUGCCCGGUUCCUCAGCCAGACACAACAGGCACCAUCAAUGGGAGAUACUGCUGCCCCCAGCUCUACAUCAACCACCGCUGCUUCUCAGGUCCAUAUUUAAACAAAGGCAGAAUAGCAGAGCUACCUCAGUCUGUCGGGCCUGGCAAGUGCGUGCUGGUCCUCAAAGAGGUUCUCAGCAUGGUGAUCAAUGCAGCUUACAAGCCAGGAAGUGUUUUACGAGAACUGCAGCUAGUGGAAGACCCUCAGUGGAAUUUCCAAGAGGAAACACUUAAAGCAAAAUACAGAGGGAAGACAUACAGGGCGACUGUUAAGAUUGUGCGGACAUCAGAUCAGGUAGCGGAUUUCUGCAGAAGAGUCUGUGCAAAGUUGGAGUGCUGCCCGAACUUGUUCAGUCCUGUUCUGGUGGCCGAAGUCUGCCCAGAGAACUGCUCCAUUCACACUAAAACCAAGUACACUUAUUAUUAUGGGAAGAGGAAAAAAAUCAUUAAGCCACCAAUUGGGGAAAAUAACAACAUGAAAAGUGGACAUGUCAAGCCAGCCAGACGCAGAAAGAGGCGGAAAUCCAUCUUUGUGCAGAAGAAAAGGAGGUCAUCAGCUGUCGAUUUGAAUGCUGCAGGCUCUGCAGAGGAGAGCGAAGAUGAUGAGCCAGAUGCGAUGGAGGACGAGACGGGAAGCGAGGAAACCAGCUCAGAGCUCCGGGAUGACCAGACAGAUACCUCUUCUGCCGAGGUCCCCUCUGCCAGGCCCCAGCGAGCAGUCACCUUGCGGAGCAGCACCGAGUCGGACAGACCUCCUCCCACGGAGAGAGCCCGACGGAGCCGGAGACCGCAGCCCCACUCCUACGGCGAGGCGGAGAAGUGCACACAAGUCAAGGAAGAAAUUAAGCAAGAAGAAGAAGAGAAGCUCAUCCUGGACAGUAAUCCAUUGGAGUGGACCGUGACUGAUGUCGUGAGGUUUAUUAAACUGACCGACUGUGCACCCCUUGCCAAAAUAUUUCAGGAGCAGGACAUCGAUGGCCAAGCCCUUCUGUUGCUGACGCUGCCCACGGUGCAGGAAUGCAUGGAGCUGAAGCUUGGUCCAGCCAUCAAACUGUGUCACCAGAUCGAGCGAGUAAAAGUUGCUUUCUAUGCACAAUACGCCAACUGACUGCACUUCUCCACUUCUUUCUGUUCUCCUUCUUGUUCCCUCUCUUUUUUAACAUUUCAACUUGUUCAAGGGUUUU